UUUUAUUUUAUAAUUUGCAACUAUUACUAUUGUAGUAUAAAAUAUUUUAUGAAUUAUUCCUAGUUAAGUGCUUAAUAAUUGAAUUUUAAAAUUAAUCAAAUUGUGCUGAACUGCCAAGUGCUGAUAUCGAGGUUUUGAAUGACAAUUCAUAUUUAAAUAUAAAUAAUAUAAAUUUCAAAUAACAAUAUGUAUUAAUUAAUAAAUUAUAUUUACGUCUACCUACUAUUUACUAUUUAGUACGCGGCCCAUCGGGAAUUUCCCGAUUUCCCUAUGGCCCGAUCCGUCCCUGGGUAUAAUCAGGGGCGGACUGGGCCGGUGGGCAGGUGGGCAAAUGCCCACUGGGCCGCUCUGUGUAUUUAUUGUAUAUUUUUUGUUAUUGGAUUAUUUGGAUAUUAUGUAAGUGGUGAAAGAUAAAAAUAGCACGCUUAUAAUUUAAACUAAAUAUACCUUACUUAUAAUACGGUAUUUAUAGUAACAGAUUACAGAAAAGUUACUGGACAAGAACAUUAGGUUUAUAUACGAUAGAGUAUAGUCGUAUAGACAAUAGUAAAUGUAUUUUUACAAAUCGAUAAAUUUUGUAGAUAUCAGUAUAUCACUUAUUUUAAUUUAGAUAAUGCGGGCCUUUACUUCAUUCGAUGGCCUCCGUCGCCUCCGACAGUUUGUAAAUAAACCGUAAUGACCAGCUCGUGGUAAUACGUAGCUGUUCAUGUUGUCUAUUAUAAAAAUAAAAAUCACGGGUUUUCCCUAAAAGACAGUCAGCAACACCGCUAAUGUAAAAUAAAUAAUUUAUCGGCCUAUAGACUAAGACUUAGUAAAUUACCUUGUGUAGUUGAAACUCAGCAGUCAGCUGAGUAGGUAGUUCUGUGCUGUGUGCCUGUGUAGUGUACUAGUGUGUGUAGUUAUUUUUAUGACAGUAAUUAUUAGUUUUGAAAAUCAUAGUUUUAAAACAUAAAUCUAUUCAUUUUUGACAAUGAAUACAAACAAAAAAAAAGUUAAGGGAGGAGCGGAGAAACUUCGACUCAAAAGAAAUGCUGAGUUAAAGGCAUCAGCUAGCCACCCGAAUCAAAAAAAAUUAUGCUUUGUGUCAAAAAGUAUUACCUCUACUACUUCGUUAAAUUUGUUGUCUAAUGAACAUGAGAAUGAAUGUGAUAUUAUUGAAGUCCAAACAAAUGUAGAUUCUGUCCAUGGUGCUGCUCCCAUGAUGAUUGAAGAAAAUUUGCCUAGUGAAGUUGGAGAUCAGAUUAAUACUAGCCUUACAAAUACUAAUAGCCCACUUUCAAUUGAGGAAAAAGUGUUUGAUGAUGUUCAUAUUAAACACAAACAAGAUGUGACUGUGAAUUUGAACUUAGUUCCUUCUGUCAUUGAGACUGAGGAAAAUUUGCCUAGUGAAGUUGGAGAUCAGAUUAAUACUAGCCUUACAAAUACUAAUAGUCCACUUUCAAUUGAGGAAAAAGUGUUUGAUGAUGUUCAUAUUAAACACAAACAAGAUGUGACUGUGAAUUUGAACUUAGUUCCUUCUGUCAUUGAGACUGAGGAGAAAAGAACAGAAGAUAACAUUUUUUUAUUUCGAUUACCUACUUCAGCAACUUUGUUCGAAAAAUUGGAAUUUUUAAAAAAACAUCCUAUUCAACCAAAAUACACCCACAUAAAAUUUGAUAUGAUGAAAAUAUAUUAUAGAGAAGUUUCAGGCAAAAAAAUUCACAGAAAUUGGCUCUCUUUUUAUGUUAACAAUGGCAUUUUAAAAUCAAUGUAUUGUUCAGUAUGCAUUGCAUUUGGUACCAAAACUAAUAAUUUUUCAUCUGAGUCAGGAUGUACAAAUUUUCGACAUAUUUAUUCAGUCAUUACAAGUCAUGAGGAAUCCUCUAUUCAUUCUACGUCAGUAGAAAUUUUUUUCCGUGCAUCAAAAGAAAUGUCGUUAGAAUACUUAAUUAACCGAGAUAUGACAAAUUUAAGGAAUGAAGUUGUUGAAAAGAAUAUUCAUGUCCUAAAGGUUGUUUUUGAUAUAGUUAAAUUUCUUGGGCAACAAAAUUUAUCUUAUAGAGGAUCAGCUCAAGGGGAAACAUUGGCAAAUAUUGACGAUUUAAGCCUAAAUAGUGGAAAUUUCCUUGAGAUGGUUCGUUUAAUUGCUAAGAGAGAUGUUAUCUUAAACGAUCAUUUAACUAGAUCUAUCAAAAAAAGCAAGCAAAGGAUAGAUAAAUUGAAGGCUAAUAAUAAAGAAUCUUCAAAGGGAAGAGGCUCUUUAGUUACUUUUUUAUCUAAAACAACUGUUGACAAAAUUAUAGUAGCAAUUUUAAUAAGUAUUAGAAAUAAAAUUAAAAACGAAAUUGGAGAACAAAUAUUUAGUAUCCAAAUGGAUAGCACACAAGACAUCGGUGUUCACGAUCAAGCGUCAAUUUGCAUUCGGUACUUAUAUAAUGGUGAAAUCAAAGAGAGGUUAUUUGCUGUUGUUAAUGUCAUAAACUCAAGUGGAAAGGCACUUUUUGAAUUACUAAAAGAUUGUUUUAAUCAACAUGGAUUACAUCUUGACAAAGUUGUUGGUGAAUCUUUUGAUGGGGCAAGUAACAUGAGUGGUUCAUUUUCUGGUCUCCAAUCAUUAAUAAAAUCUAUAAAUAAUAAAAGCGUUUAUAUUUGGUGUUAUAGCCAUGUACUAAAUCUUUGUAUAUGUGAUACAGUUUCUAAUCUAGAUGCUAAAAAUUUAUUCGGUCUUCUCAACAGAUUAUCUACAUUUUUUAGUAGUUCAUAUAAAAGAAUGAAUGUAUGGAUAAAUGAAAAUAAACUAAAUAAUAGUAUUGGAUCAGAAAAAUUAAAAAAACUUCAAAAAAUAUCUGAAUCAAAUACAAGGUGGUGGUCAAGAAAAAAAGCACUAGAUUGGGUUUUUGAUGGUGAUGGCGCUUUAUUUCCUGUUGUAUUAAGUGCAUUAAAUCAUAUUACUACAGACUCUUCAUUUGAUGCUAAAUGUUUAUCUGAAGCACGAUCCUUAAUAGGCAAUUUGUGCGAAUUUAAAACAAUAAUAACUGCUCAUCUCUUCCUCCACAUUUUCAAAGUAAUUGGUCCAACUUCUGAUUAUUUGCAAUCGAAUAACAUUGAUAUUUUAAGCGCAUGGACUAUGGUUGAAAAUGCAAAAAAACAAAUAAACAAAAUUAGUUUUGAUACUAUUUUUUCAGAUUCUCAGGGCUUUACGGAAAAAAUGAAUAUAAAAUGCUAUGAUUUAGAUUUACCUGAUCAUAUUGUUGUUGAAAACGUUUUCCCACAACAAAGGGUUCGACAUAGAAAACAGCAAUUUGAUGAACAAUCAGAACCUCAAGUUCUCAUGCAAGGUCUUGACAAAUUUAAAGUUGAUACGUUCCGCUGUGUUAUUGACCAAAUAUCAGUUAGUCUAAAUGAAAGAUUUUCACAAAACGCAUCUUUGAUUGCAGAUGUCCAAUACUUACAUCCUUCAUAUUUUAUAAAUAUUAAAAAUACAAUGCCUCCAAAUGCACUCAAAUUAAUUGGAAACUUAAUAAAUGUCGACUUUAAAGUACUACAAAAUGAGCUAUUAAGUUUUUCAAGAAUUUUUCCAAAUAUUAUUGGUAGUAUUUCACAAAGAACAUCAAAUUUAAUAGAUAGCACAAAAUCUAAGGUUAUUGAAACUGAUAUUGAAGAAGAAAAUGAUUACAUAAAUGAUUUUAAUAGUAAUUCAGCUGAUAGUAAUGAACUAUUAUAUGAUGAAGAUGAAAAACAUCUUAAUAUUAAAGCUAAACAUACAGUUGAAGAAUGUAAUCAAUGUUUAAUCUGUUGUUACAAAAUGUUGUAUAAAUAUAAUAUGCAUUCUAUUGCAUAUACCAACAUAUAUCUAGCAUAUGAGUAUGCGUUGACACUAUCAUUUACUCAAGUAAAUUGCGAAAGAGCUUUCAGUAAGUUAAAACUUAUUAAAACAAGGCUGCGAGCUACACUAGAACAAGAAAAACUGGAAGCAUUUAUGAUGAUGAGUGUAGAAAAAGAACUUUUACAUGAAGUGAAGUUUGAAGAAAUUCUUACUUAUAUUAAAAAUAGUUCAUCAUUAAUGAACAAGAUGUUAACAUAAAUAUUAGUUUUUGAUUAU